AAAGAGGUCAUAAAAUUCGGGACCCUCAAUCGUAAACCCUAACCCCGCCACUAUAAAACGCUUAAAAAGGGCGCCUUCAUUUCCAAGUUCAGCCUCACUGAAACUAAAAGCAAGCCAUCAAAACUUCCUCCAGACGACGCCGUUUCGAUUCACGAGAGAGGAAAAUGGAUCGGUACCAGAAAGUGGAGAAGCCGAGGACGGAGGCUGCUAUAAGUGAGAAUGAGUUGAGAAUAACGGCUCAAGGAAGACUCAGGAAUUACAUUUCUUAUGCUAUUUCUCUCCUGCAGGAUAAAGGUGCCAAUGAGAUUAUCCUCAAAGCCACUGGCAGAGCUAUUAAUAAGACUGUGAUGAUUGCUGAGUUGCUUAAGAGAAGGAUUGUUGGUCUCCACCAAAAUACUUCAACUGGGUCUAUUGACAUAACCGACACAUGGGAGCCUCUAGAAGAAGGGCUUCUUCCAUUAGAGACUACCCGUCAUGUUUCAGUUAUCACAAUUAUUUUGUCUAAGAAGGAGCUGGAUUCAUCUUCCCCAGGAUACCAAUCACCAAUCCCAGUUGAUCAAGUGAAGCCGUUAACUGAAUAUUAUGAUGGAGAAGCCGCACCUGGCAUGCGAGGCAGGGUACGUCAUGAUCAAGGUCAAGGAAAGAACGGAGGUACUGGCAAUGGUUUAGCCGAGUAUAGUAAUGGACAUUGGGAUGGUGGACGUGGAUAUGGAGGUCGAGGUCGAGGUUAUGCAAGAGGACGCAGUUCCCGUGGACGCGGAAGGUGGUAUGGUGGUGGAAACAUGCAGCAUGAGUCAGGAUAUAACAAUGGUUAUAGUGGAUCAGGAGCCUUCCCUCCUCAAGGACGAGGGCGUGGUCGUGGAAGGGGAAGCGGUCAUGGUCAUGGGCUAGGUUUUAGAUCUGAUGGGCCAGUCCAAGUCCAAGCAACUGCUUGAAUGCUAAACUUUGGAGGUACUACUUUGGUAUCUAGUUGAAAAGUAGUAUGGGAUGCCUGUUCAGCACUUGAUCUUCUAAAGUUAAAUGAACUUUAGACUUAAAUUAUUUAUGGCAGCGGUUAGUUACUUAUGAUUUGUACAAGAUUUGGCAAAUUUGAUCUUCUGUAGGUUGCAAUUUUGUAGGAAGUAGUAGAUAGGAUUGUGAAGUUAUCACUAGUCCUUAGUUAAUGUUGUAUAAUUUCUGGAGUUUUUUCUUUUUUUAAAAUGUCAAAACUCUUUUCUAUAAAUAAUAGAGCAGUGCAUUCUUUCAUUA